AAAUCCUCUUGCUUCAAAAACCCAAACCCUCGCUCUUCGUGGCGGCUGAAACUCCUUUCAUUCUCUCUCUCUCUUAGGGUUUCUCUUUAUCCCCUUCCAAAAACCCAAAUUUUUAAAGGGGUUUCGUACCUUGUUUUUGAAGAUCUAUCUAUCUAUCAGCUCCAGCUAUGGCCGCCGUUGCUCCUCCUGCAGAUCAAGCUGCCGAUUUGUUGAAGAAUCUGUCAUUGGAUUCUCAAUCAAAGACAUUGGAAAUCCCUGAGCCUACUAAGAAGCCUUCUGUCGAUACAACCGACACUGGGAAUGGUCAAAACCAACCUUUAGAUAGGUCAAUCACCCCAUUGAUCCCAGAUUUCAUGGAUCCAACAGUGGCUUAUUUUCCAAACGGUUAUGCUUCAACUGCUUAUUACUAUGGAGGCUACGAUGGAACUACAAAUGAUUGGGAUGACUACUCAAGAUACUUAAACCCUGAUGGAGUCGAUAUGUCCCAUGGUGUAUAUGGUGACAAUGGUUCUUACAUGUAUAAUGGUUACGGGUAUGCACCAUAUGGUCCAUAUUCUCCUGCUGGUUCACCUGUCCCAACCGUUGGUCAUGAUGGUCAACUCUAUGGAGCUCAACAUUACCAAUACCCAAGUCCCUAUUUCCAGCCAAUUACCCCUACUAGUGGCCCCACAAUCCCUCCAAAAGGUGAGAUUACCACAACUGCAUCCAGUGAUCAACCACCUUUACCUGUGGACACUGCUAAUGGAAAUUCUAAUACCAUUGUAAAUGGUGUUAAGGGAACCACUGGUCAAACCCAAGUUAGACCAACACAAACACAAACACAAUAUCAAAACUCAAACUUCAAUGGAAACGGGUCAUAUGGAAGGGGUGCACAAAACGGUUAUCAAGAUCCAAGAUACGGUUUUGAUGGGGUCCACUCUCCAAUCCCCUGGUUAGAUACCCCGUUGUAUUCCGAUGCACAAGCAAGAAACAAUUCCAACAUUGCCCCUGUUUCCAACAAUGGGGUUGCUUCAAGAAAUCAAAACCUUCGUCCUCAUUCUCACCUUAUGGGUUUGCAAAGUCCAAGACCGAUGUCAGGUGUAAAUACCACUGGGUAUAUGAAUAGAAUGUAUCCAAACAAGUUAUACAAUCAAUAUGGUAACACAUAUCGAUCAUAUGGAUAUGGUUCAAGUGGGUAUGAUUCACAAAGUAAUGGGCGUGGUUGGUUAACUGGUGAUAACAAAUACAAGCCAAGAGGUAGGGGCAAUGGCUUUUUUGGGUAUAACAAUGAAAAUGGUGAUGGAUUGAAUGAGCUUAACCGAGGUCCUAGGGCUAGAAGUGUCAAAAACCAAAAGAUCUUGACACCUGUCACUUUAGCUGUGAAGGGACAAAACAUCCCUUUUACAACACCAAGUGAAGAAAAGGAAGUAGAAGUUAAAGAAAAAGUUAGUGUGAGUGUGAGCGUGACUCCAGAUAGAGAGCAAUACAACCACACCGAGUUUCCAGAAACUUAUGAAGAUGCCAAGUUUUUUAUUAUCAAAUCUUAUAGUGAAGAUGAUGUUCAUAAGAGUAUCAAGUAUAACGUAUGGGCAAGUACACAAAAUGGAAACAAGAAACUCGAAGCUGCAUAUCAGGAGGCUCAACAGAAGCCUGGAAGAUGCCCUGUUUUUCUUUUCUUCUCGGUGAAUACAAGUGGACAAUUUGUGGGUGUUGCGGAAAUGGUGGGCCCGGUUGACUUUAACAAAAGCUUGGAGUAUUGGCAACAAGACAAAUGGAUUGGUUGUUUUCCUGUUAAGUGGCAUAUUGUUAAGGAUUUACCUAACAGCUUGUUGAAGCAUAUUACACUUGAAAACAAUGAGAAUAAACCUGUUACAAACAGCAGAGACACCCAAGAGGUGAAGUUAGAACAGGGGUUACAAAUGAUUAAAAUCUUCAAAGAUCAUUCCAGCAAGCAAUGCAUAUUGGAUGAUUUUGAGUUUUAUGAAGAUCGACAAAGGAGAAUUCAAGAGAAGAAAGCAAAACAACAACAGUUUCAGAAACAGGUGUGGGAAGGGAAGUCUGUUAGUGAUGAAAAGAAGAAAGAAGGGAUUAAAGUUGAGAUUACAACACCAAAAUCAGGUGAUGUUAAUAUCCCUGAAGAAAACGUGAAGGAAACAAAUGGUUGCUAAUUUCAGCAAUGUAAACGGGUAGCACUCCAAAGAAAAAAAAGAAUCGGUUUUGAAAAUAUUGAAAUUGCUUUCUUUGGGGCAGGCUGCCCGAAUGGGAUCCGUCCUUUGGGCAGAUAGACAGAAAAAGUAGGCGGUGGUGGUGGUGGUGGUGGUGGUCUGGGUUGUAAAAUAGGAGGAUCUCCAGAUUUGGAAGCCCAUGUCAUGUUUAGCUUGUGGUGGGUUUGGGUUUGGGUUUGUGUUUUGUCUCUUCUAUUAUAAUUUUCUAACAGUUUUUUUCUCACACCUUUUCAGUGUUUGGGUUUUAGGCUUCUUUCAAGUUUGUGUUUUAUUUUAGCCUUUUUCUUUGAAUCACUUCUUGUGGCCUUUAAUAUUAUUAUGUUUUAUGUUAGUUUUUCCUUUUAAUGAAAAAUAGAGAGUUGCAUAUCA